ACCUUUUUUUUUUUUUCAAAAGGUUUUUUUUUUUUUUACUUUCAUUAGAUAUCAUUUAGAGACAACCUUGAUUAACUGGGUAGAGAUUGAAUAUGGCAGGGAAGAAAAGAAGCGGAUUAUUGAGGAAACCGCAUUCAAUAACCACCGAUAAGAAAAAGCUACCCAAGAGUUUCAAGCCACAACAAGCACGACAAUUGAUACGCCGGUACCAUGUCUUACAUAAGAACAAGCAAAUGAUCUUGAGUCGGCUUAAUGAGAGUAAGGUAAUUGAGGAGGAGCUUAGUAUAGAUAAUUAUAAGAGGGUAAUUGGUGGGAACAAACAUUAUAAGCAAGGAUAUGAGGAAUUACUGGUCAAUAGAAAGAAGAAUGUUGAGAUGAUUCGAAUUGAGAAUAAGAUGAGAAAAGAAGAAUUGAUCAAGAAACUAGGAGAAAUAGAUAAAGAGGUUGAUACAAGAGGAGGGUUAGCGGCAUACCAAAUUGCAUCUACGCAAGGACAAGACACCCAGCGAGGAGGAGACUCGCUGAAGAAGCUAAUCGAGUGGAUGAAGGGAGCAAAAUACCAGGGUAAAAUUGAAGAAAUGAAGAAAAUGAAUAGGAAGAUUAAUGCAUUAGAGAUUGGAAGUUUGAGUGCCAAUAAUAUGAUAAGUACUAGUAAGGUAUUUGAAGAAGUGAAGAGAAUUGAUUUGAAUUCACAAAAUGGACAAUUAAUUGAAAAACAAGAUUUUAUGCAAAGACCACUACCAAAAGAUGAAAACGAGAAGUUUAAUAUGAUUAGUUGUUCAUUAGUAUUAAAUUUUGUCCCAUCGGCGAUUUCCAGAGGAGACAUGUUGAAAAGAAUUACAAAAUUUUUGAAAACUCCCAAAGCCAAUGAGAUAAGUGGUUUGUUCCUAGUAUUACCAUUACCCUGUAUUAACAACUCUAGGUAUUUUGAUAAGAAAGAAUUAGAUAAGAUAAUGCUAGGACUUGGGUUCAAAGAGCAAGAAUACUAUCAAGCGAAAAAAGUUGCUUAUUGGUUGUAUGAUUGGCAAGGAGAAGCGACUCCUGCAAAAAAUCAAAAGAAAGAAUUACAUAAGGGUAGUAAUCGGAAUAAUUUUUGUAUAUUAAUAAAAUAAUCUAGACUUGACAAUCACUCCAUGGGGUAGAGAUAUUUAAUGGAGUAUAAUGGGAGAUACAAGGCGUACCUGUGAAUACAAACCAACAAUCACUAGACGUG